GUAAAAGGGGUGUUGCUAUUGUCUGAUGCCAUAAAAGGGAACAAGGUAUUAAAAUGCUGACUGUUUGAACGUGAUUCCCAUGGACUCCUAGCUCUCAUCUCUCUAAAAGCUGAGUGAAAAGCCGUGGCAUUAACAACAGUGUACUCAUGAUAAACGAAUGAGGACAAAUGCAUGGUUCGUCUGUGUUUUGAUUGCAUCAUGGUGUCUGGAAGAACAUGAGAGACUGACUACAUUGAGAACUUAAAUCACUUGAUCAGCAACCUGAUGAGCCGGGCCAUGCUGUGGUGAUAUCAAACUCUUACGGAUGUUGUGCCUCUGAACUGCACUUGACACUUGACAACCUGAUCUAAUCAGGAGGGAGACAGAGGCGGUCAACAGUUCUGAUUUUUCAUUCUGCCCGUUGGUUGAGGUGGGAGUGUGUAGGAUAUGGGAGGUGAUAUUUAUUUUGGACAUAUAAAGCCGUGAUUAAUCAACAGGCUGACUUUGCGCAGGAAGUUAUCUAGCCGUUAUGUCGUAGGCUUCGUACAGUGAUGCGCCAACUGCUAAGUGAUUAUAUUGACAAAUAGAAAUCGACGAGAGACUUGACAUUGUUUUUAUUUUCCUGGCUGUGGUAUUGAUUGCAACAGGAGUUUAUAUGCGGUUUCAUUUCCUUCCUGCGAUUGGAUUCCCCGUAAUUAAACCGUGACUCCCGGCUGAUCACCGCCGGCUCUUUAUCCCUUGGGAGGUGGAGUGGUUGUAAACAUUUCGUAGCCAGAGUCGGGUUCAUUUUCAUUUGGGAGGCUGGCUACAGGCACCUUUCAAAUAUCAACAGUCAAUACAUUUGGAUCAAUUGAAUUGCCCUUUCCUGAUAUAACUGUAGUCCAGUAACAUGAACUGAUUUUGCUGGUGGUAUAUGUAUAUGCUGUGUAUUGAGUGAAUAACCAGCAUGUCUCAGACUUCUGAGAGCACCUACAACGAGUACGAUGACAGUGCGAUUACAGACAUGAGCGAGGAGGGGACGUCGUCGCCGAGCCCCCUCAUCAACCUGGAGAUGGAUGAGGGCGUGGAAGCCUUGAUGACCAUGGACUUCAUUCCUAGUACCCAAAGUAACCCCGGUAUGGCCUUCUCCGUUCCCGUCAUCAACGGUUCCGAAGAAAACUUUGAGGACUUUGGCGAGAACGAUGCAGGCAUCGAGCUGGAAGUCCAGGAUGCCAGCAGCCUCUCGGAUUCGGCAGAGACAGCCAUCACCGACAGACAGACCCCGACGAAUUUACUAAAUGGCUUGUCUCCUUAUGAAAGUCGGAAGCCCUACAUGUCCAAGAAGGAUGUGUGGUCACACAUUCAUCAUAACUAUCAUCAUAAAUGUAUUAGAAAGCGUGCAAUAGUUAAACCCCCUCGCAACCAUCCAAGCCCUUCAAAAAGAGUUUCAUCCAGUGACGUUGCAAGUCAGUUGUAUCGAUCUUCGUCAUCGCACAAUAUACCUAAGGGAGCAAUAGAGGAGGUGUAUGGAGAGUACGCAGCUUCGGACAGUGAUGUUCUAGAACUCAAUGACAAGGUUCGAGAUUUAGCAUCGCAAAUCAGCCAUCUUGAAGUUGAUAAAAAUAUGAUCGAAGAUACGAAGGCACAGCUGAAAAAUGAGAAUCGACAACUUCAUAAACGAAUUGUUUACCUUGAGGACCAGCUUCGCGAGAUGGAGAGAAGACAAACGGAAUAUCUCGAGAAAGAAGAUAAGAGAUCUCAGGAGAAAUUGGCAAAGCAGCACAAGCAUUUACAUGAAGAAAUCGAAGCACUGCAAGCCAAAGUGUCAGUACUAGAAAAAGAAAAUGAAGAUUUCUCAGAAGAAGUGCCUAAACUUAAAAGUCAAAUUGAAACAUUAAAACAGGACCGGGAUAAACUUGAAAGGGAUCUUCAAGAAGUUGAUAAUAAUUGGUUAGCGCUGUCAUCUGAAUACCAAAGGAAACAGGACGAACAUAGAAUAGUGAAGGAGGAAUUGGAAGAAGAAAUUCAUUCCCAUGCAACAAUAAUGGAUGAGAUGGCUAAGGAAUUAGAGCAGUUACGGAGUGAGGGCCAGUCGGAAAUAGCCAGGCAUGCCAGUCUGAUGCGCAGCCCUAGUAUACAAGACCUUCCAAGUAGAUUCAGUGAGCUGCAGCUUGAGGUCCAUCAGUUGAGAAAGGAGAACAAGCAGUUGAAAGAUUCCAAUGAUGAGAUGAGUGCACAAAUCUUGAACAAUGGCAUCCAGAUUGGACGGAGUUUACUACACAGGGGAACGUCAAAGUCAGAAUCGUUUGCUGCUGAGCUUGAAAAGGCUUCUAAGGAUGAGAUUAUGAAUGCUUUGAAAGAAGAAGAGCAGAUGAAUCGUGACCUGAGGGGUUACAUCGGUCAGAUACUCACCAAGAUCAUUGAGAACCAUCCAAAUCUUCUCGAGAUCAAACCCCGGAGUCAGAGCGUGAGCUCGGUCAGCAGCUUCAGCUCCUACUCAUGACAUCAACCUUGAACUUUGAACUCUGAACUAUGAACUCUGAAGUGUGAACUUCAUGCAUCAUUUAGCAUCCUAUCAGGUUGGACUAUUUUUGCAUCAGAGAUGUGUGAACUGUGGGUUCGUUCUCGUGGACUGUAGGUGGCGCUUUCUCACUGCGUUCGCGAAUUUGUACUGAUGAUGACGAUGUACUUCGCUUCGAGCCCGGUACUUGUCUCCUGACCUUGACAUGACGGUGCCUCCAUUUUUGCCUCCAGAUAGACAUCGCUCUUAUGUGUACCUCCACUUGUACUGUGGAUUUAAAGUGAUGAACUGUCAUGCUCGGACCUGUAGAGGGCAGCAUUUCAUGAUAUCUUCAAGAAGGAGCACAAUGGUGUCGACACACACAUACUUCCAUUAAGAAGCUCAAAAUAAAUUGCGUACUAUAGUUGUGUUUGACAUUCAAGCAAAGAGUCCACAUAGUACUAAAUUUGCAUCAAUUCCUUGCCUGCACUCUUAGUACUAACUUUCGCUUGAGAAAAGAAGACUUGAUUUUAAGGUUGCUUGACUAGAAUUCAUGAGCAUCUUAUCAUUAUGUGCUUGCUCUGUCUCGACUGUAGAUUGCAUACAGCGUGAGACACAUUGAUUUGCACUUUGCUUAAACCACUGUUGUUCAAGACUUACAUGGAGUCUCUUACAUAAAGUGGUUUUCUGCAACUUCUGAAGCAUAAGCUAUGUGCAAUGAUUAUAAGUCAAGACGAUUCAUACAUUGAGAUAUUUUUAACAGCUUUAAGGUUGUUGAGUAACUUUCACAAAAUUUUACCAAUUGACUGUUGUAUGGUCAUCAUCAUUUUGAUGAGUGUCAGCCUUUUUUAAAAACAAAAUACAAUCUCUUUUUAUUAAAUAAGAAACACAAAUUUGUCUUCAGUUUGCAGUGCCAUACUCGCUACAAGGAAAUUCUGAUUAUUUGAUAGUACAUAUCAUUUUUUAUUACAAGUGUAUUGCUGUGCCGUUAAUCUUUCCUUUUAUAUUAAAGAUGCAAAUGUGUUGUUUGCAUUUUGAUUCUUUUUUUUUUGGUACUUGGAUAUUUGAUGAAGCAUUUAUGUACAUCAUCAUUUUCAAAAGAUUGAAUUCUACCACAUAGAUGAGAAGUUGAACAUAAACUUUAAUAUUUAUAUGAUGUUUCAUAUUUAUGGAGUCUGGACAGUACUUAGUACAGAAGAGGAUUGUAGAGGGUCAAACCUUUGCCAAGUCAUUCUUGCACAUUAUACCUCUCUCAACCCAGGUGUUUAAUGGCUACCGCUAAAUACAGUUUGAAUUAUUUUUACAUAUUUCAUAAUAAUUACCGUAAAGUAAGGAAAUCAAAACAAUACAAUCUUCACCCGCACACAUAUAUAUAGUGAUGUUGCAACAAUCAUGAUAAAUUACAAUAUUUAUUUUAGAGAUGAUUGGGAUGAUGAUUAAAAGGCAAAUGGUUACGAGAAUCUAUUUUGUUCUUUUCUUUUAAAUUGGUAGCUAUUUUCAAUCAUCCAGAGGAAGUAGAGAAUAAACAUCAAUUUGUGCAGAUUAAACAAAGGCUAUACCUCAGGAUACGCUUACAAAUAUCACCAGUGCUGUUUGUGUGUAUAACACCCAGAUUAUCAUUGCAGAGUCAAACUCAGUAAAAUAUGAAUUUUCCUUAUUUCUGCUCUGAAAUGAUGCAUCGUAAUAUGGGGAGGAGUGAGCCUAAUGCAUUGAAAUCGAAAUAUCAAGAGUGUAUUUCUCAUUUGAUAGUUGGAAAAGAAUUCAACAUCAUACUUCUUGGAGCAGUACUUAUUUGAGGAGAGAGAAAUAGCACUUGGAAUUACGAAUUAACCGGUCACGAAAGUCAACCGCGAAAUCCCCUUUCUUCUCUCAUUAGAGUGUCUUUGCAUAACUUCAUUAAUAUUUGUGGCUCGAUAUACUUAUGGUUUGAUAAUUGGAAGCCAAAGCCUUAGGAUUGUGGGACCACAUUUUUGUCCCUCUUUCACUUUUUUGUGCUUUUUGCUGAGCCAUGUUACAUUUCAGGAUUAUUUGGGGUUCAUUCUGUGGAUCAAUGUGGCAUUAAAAACAAACACAAAAAUUUCUUCCUUAAAUAUUUUAAUGGAAAAUAACAAGCAUUUUUUUGUUACUUAGUCAUCAAUUCUUUUUAAAGAUGACUACUAUAUUAAUUAUGAGUUUUAAACAGAUACACAUUUUACCUAGAAUUCCGUAUUUAUAUAGCAUAUGCUUUUUUUAGAAUAAAUUAGAAUUAAGAUUUGAGAAUGAUAUUGAUGAUGAAAUCAGUUGACUGAAUUGAAAUUUAUAAUUGCCUUGUCAGUAUGUGAUCUUGUAUUCAACUUGUACAUUUUGUAUAUAAAAUAGAGAGUUUUUUAUAUCAAUUUUUAAAGAGACAAUCCAUUUGAGAUUGUUUUACAUGCUGCUCUGAAAGUAGCCUGCUUUUAAAAAAUGUCUUAACAGAAAUCUUGUUUUUAUGAACUUGUGGAUUCAUGUGUAGUACACUCACAAAAUCUAAAUUUGAAAAAGGGGUCAAAGGAUUUUUAGUCUAGCUUCGAACAAAAAAAAAUUUCUUUGCACAAUUUCAUCUGUCAAUAUAUACUCUGUAAUAAUGCUUAUUUCAAUUAUGAAUUGGUGUAUAUUGUCAUGAAUGCAAAAUUUUCAAAUGUAAGGCUCUGCGUUAGUUGACCUUGUUAUAGCUCGUUCUGUUGCAUUUGUCUGUGUGAAGGCAAUAUACAACUGAACGCUAGCUGAAAACACAAAUUGUGAGCCAGCCUAUAGUAUAGGCAUUGACAUGGUAUACAGAGUAAAAGAGCACUAUAACUAUGGUGUACAUCAAUGUUUAGAAGAUUUAUCCCAAGAUCUAUUUUUAUAGACAAAUUUAUGGAAGUAUAUUUUAAAACAGCGUGCAAUUUGCUAUCUAGUAGGUCUAGUUUUCAUAUGAAUUUCUUAAUUGAUUAUGAUUUGAAUAUAGGCCGGUGCAUCUGAAGAUUAUAUUAUCUUACUAUUGCACAUAGGAUGUAGAUGAUGAUGAUUGAUUGUAAAUGGGUUAUUUUUUAAUAUUUCCCUAUCUUUCAAUAAAAAGAUUAGCAAUAAAAAAAAAAGAAAAUUGCAUUUAAGUGGCCACUUACUAUUGCAUUGUCAAAUGCUUUUAACAAGUCAUUUAUGUUAAGCCAGCACAAAACGAAAAUUUCUUAGAUAACUUAAAUAGAUUUACUGAAAUUAAUCAAUGCAUCUACUUAUUAAAGCAAAAAAAAAAGGAAUUUUCAGCACAAAAAUUCUAAUCCUAAUAUCAUAGGUUUCUGCGUUCAUGUACCUGUUCAUUAUUUCAUCAUUUCAUCGUGAACCCUUUGCGUCCCCUCUCUUUUAUUCCAUCUCUCUCUCCCAUUUUUAGCAUAAUAUUGUGGCAGACACUUGGCAAAUUUGUUGUGUCAAUUUUGAUUUGGUGUUUUAUUCAUUCUUUAUGAUACUUAAUUAAUUUCUACAUGACAAAGCCAUUAAAAAUUAUACAUUCCUCAUUUUUACUUAGUAUCAAUGCUUCACACACAAAGUAUAAGCCAUUGACCAUAAGUACUCUAUUAUGUAAAGUGUCUUGUGUCUUAAAGAGUCUUUUAAUCAAAGCAUUGGUGUGGUUCUUGAAUCUUGCCAGAGUCUUGGGUGUAAAUUUUUAUUCAUUUAUUUGAUUAUCUUGAAACAAUGUCUGCAGAAUUGUUAAAAUACAUUUUUUUUUGUCAUGAAACAUCAAAUAUAAAUUAUUAAAAGGAAGCACAUUCAGAUGGAAAACAGUGUGAAAAUUUUUAGAUUGAAUUUUAAUGCACCCCAAAUUAGAUAAAUUUUGGGGGUAAAAAUCCCCUUCAUUAAUACGAGUUAAUACAUGUUUAAUCUUACAAGUACAUGUAACUGUAAAUUGAAAAUUAAAUCAGGGCAAAUGGAGGCUUCUUCCAAUAUUGAGGAUUUUCCUUGUCAAGAAAUAGGGGUGAUCCUGCUAGAAGCUUGUCUCGCCUUCACUCUAGAUUAUUUGAUAAUUAUAUUAUGGUGAAAUUGUUGCUCAACACUUGUUCAUCAUUUUAAGAACAAGAUUGAAUCUUUGAAGGGGGUAUUAUAGGUUAUAUUGAAAUUAUAUCUAAGAGCCGUCUGUCUGUAUAUUUUCUGUUUUGAAAGUGCCACUUAAUUUCUGUCUCUCAGAAGUUAUGUUUGAAAAUUCUGGCUUUAAUGUUUUUUUUUUUCAUUAUGAUUUUAUCGUCAUGCUUUUAUUUUCAAUCUUAAAUUGCCAUUGCUUUAUCAAUUGUAAUUAUAAAUGCACUACUUAAAUGCUUUUAGCGCCUAUUUGCUUGAGAUUUUUUUGUUUUAUCUUGCCAGUAUUGAGUGCAGUGGGUUUUAGAUUUUCGCAAUUGGUGCCUUGUAUACAGACAUUUUAAAGAAAGUACUUUCUUUAUGGCCGUAAUAUUUAAUUGCUUUGUAAAUAAUGGAGAAUUUUUGGUUUCUUCAAAAGAGUACUAUCAAAGCAGAGGAUAUUGUUGUUUGUAGGGUAGUGCCUUUUCCCUUGAAAUUGUGAAUAUUUGAAAGACAAUGUAAGAUUUAUGGCAAAACAUACUUUGUAAAUUAUUUCAUGUGAGAGAGAUCAUUAAAGACAUGAUUUCAGCACAAGUGAA